AUGGCCGAAGUAGGCACCGGAUUCAGAAUAUUCGCGGCUAGACGUUACAGUAGCUUUGCAGUCUUGUCGUUGCCUUCUCUACCUACAGAGAUCCUCAUCCACAUCUUCCAAUUCCUCGCGGACAUUUGGCCGCCUACCUGGGUCAUUACGCAUCACUACCCGGCACCAAAUUACUCGGGAUCAUUAGGCUGGAUCGCCGUCACCUACAACCCCGGUCAGCCUCUCAGCGACAUUACAUCGUUCGCAACGAGAACGAGAUCUACAUAUCGUGGCCUCAUUCACACGGGAGCUUCGCGCUCACCUCCAUUCUUCUUCCCCGCUACCCGCGUACUCCAUAUUGACGCUAUCCGUCUCCUGGAGAUCAGCGAGGUGCUUGAUCUUCUUGGUCGCACUCCUUUACUGCAAGCCCUAGACAUUACCAGAUGCCGGUGGACGGCAUCUUCUGUCAGGCAAUACUCUUUGGCUUCGCAGGCUGGCACCGUUGCUCUCCCUAACCUGAAGUCUCUCACGCUCGCUCAGUUCGGCGUGGAGUCCGAUCAAGGCCAGCCGCCCAACGCCGCGACCGUAGAGAUCCUCUAUAACCGCCUUCACUUUCCGCAUGAAGCGACUAUCACCCUCGUACCCGAUGUCAAAAUGAGUAGGGUCGAGCUACGCAGAGUGCAGGGUGUCCGGGUCCUCCGACGACUGAUGACGCGGAUGUUGUCGGAGAUCGGAUGGCCGACAUCUUCCUUGUGCGCCUGCUUCGAAGCAUACCCCUCAGCCAUCUCUUUCACCGAGAUGACUACAUUCGACAAUAUUCUCGCUCUGUACGACCAAGCGAACUCGAUCCCCGAGCCCGACAGAUACAGAUACAAUGUCGGUCGCGCGACGCUACACAUGGGGCAACUCUACCUCGACGAGAUCUUCACGGACUUCGAGAUCUCCAACCUCAUCCAAGACAUCCCGAUGCUGUCAUUCAGCACCUCCUGGCUUGGCUUCUACAUGCCCAACUCCCGCGAGAACGGGGAGAGCCCCAAGCCGUUCUUCCUCACCUUCGCCAACGUCCGGAUUAUACACGUAUCGCAGGAUGAAGACGGCACCUGGCAACUUCUGGAGUGGCUGGCAGGAGGGACUGAUCAAGAUCGCUUUCCGAAGCUAGAAGAGCUUUGGUUAGGGCCACUCACGCAUUUCGAUGAGGAUAUCGACACGAUGCAGAGGCUUGUAGACGUCGUACGACGUCGAGUCGAACAACCGGACAACGCACUUCAUACUGUGCGACUGAGCAUCUUGCGCCCGGCCGCCGAUGAUAUAUGGGGCUCCGAGGCCCAAGCUUUCGAGAGAAUCAUACCGACUGUUGUUUGGAAUGCGCCAGCGCCCGCGCCACCCCCGCCAGCGCCACCCCGAGGUCGCCCGUGGUAA